UUGACUCACUGCACUGUCAUUCCUGUCCCCAUCAAUGAAUUUUCAUCCAAGCCGGAAAUCAUAUUUAUAUUGUGGUUUUGAAAUCAAAGAGAAAAUAACAAAUAAUAUAAGUAAAACACCUAGAGUUAAUGCCCGUGAAACCUUCUGUUAGUGCUGUAAUCUUUGUAAAAAUCACGAUAGUUAUGACAUAAAAGAGUAAAAAUGAGCAGCACUAAACAUUCCUGUCCCUGCCUUUGCCUUGCAGGAGUAGUGUCUUGCAUUCAGAUUAGCACACUGUCUUGACAAUAGUCUGUUCAGAUAAGAUACUGCUUCCCUUCUUUUUGUCUUUAACACUUAAAGAUGAGUAAGUUGAUUUUGUCAUCUGAGUGUUUUUAUCCUGGAAUGUGGGGGAAAUGACUACUUUGUGCUGGUGUGACUUUGGUCUCCUCUCCCCAUGGCUUUGCAGAUCGAACGGUGGGCGUGGGGAGUACGAUGUCUGUAGAAUCGCUGUUAUGGCUAGCCGGUUAUGUGCCAGGCAUUGUGCCUGGACGUUUUCAAUGCAUUUUUUUUUUUUUUUGAAGUUUUACUGUAGGCCUUCCAGUUAGGUGUGUUUGUUUUGUAGAUUAGGAAGGUGUGGUUAGAGAAGUUGAGGAGCUUGCCCACAGUGGUUCCGUGGCCAUCCAGUUGUGGAGUUGAUGAAGACACACCCACCCCUCACUCCCUAUGAAAGUCCACAUGUUCUGGGUUACACUGCCUCAAUUCUUGUUAGCAAUCAUGAUCUGUUUUUUUUUUUUUUUUUUUUGUAGGCAAAACCCAGAGACCACGUUUGAAGUAUAUGUCGAAGUGGCCUAUCCCGGGACGGGUGGCGCUCUUUCAGAUCCUGAGGUGCAGAGGCAAUUCCCGGAGGACUACAGUGACCAGGAAGUUCUACAGACUUUGACCAAGUUCUGUUUUCCCUUCUAUGUGGACAGCCUCACAGUCAGCCAAGUCGGCCAGAACUUCACAUUUGUGCUCACGGACAUUGACAGCAAGCAGAGGUUUGGGUUCUGCCGCCUGUCUUCUGGAGCCAAGAGCUGCUUCUGCAUCUUAAGCUACCUCCCCUGGUUCGAGGUGUUUUAUAAGCUGCUCAACAUCUUGGCCGAUUACACGACCAAAAGACAGGAAAGCCAAUGGAAUGAACUCCUUGAAACCCUGCACAGACUUCCUAUCCCUGACCCAGGAGUAUCUGUUCAUCUCAGCGUGCAUUCUUAUUUUACUGUGCCUGACACCAGAGAACUUCCCAGCAUCCCUGAAAAUAGAAAUCUGACAGAAUAUUUUGUGGCUGUGGAUGUUAACAACAUGUUGCACCUGUACGCCAGCAUGCUCUACGAACGCCGCAUCCUCAUCAUCUGCAGCAAGCUCAGCACUCUGACCGCCUGCAUCCACGGCUCGGCCGCAAUGCUGUACCCCAUGUACUGGCAACACGUGUACAUCCCGGUGCUGCCCCCUCACCUGCUCGACUACUGCUGUGCUCCCAUGCCCUACCUCAUAGGAAUUCAUUUAAGUUUAAUGGAGAAAGUCAGAAACAUGGCCCUGGACGAUGUCGUGAUCCUGAACGUGGACACCAACACCUUGGAAACUCCCUUCGAUGACCUCCAGAGCCUCCCAAACGAUGUGAUUUCUACCCUGAAGAGCAGGCUGAAGAAAGUCUCCACGACUACCGGCGAUGGUGUGGCCAGGGCGUUCCUGAAGGCCCAGGCUGCGUUCUUCGGAAGCUACCGCAACGCUCUGAAAAUCGAGCCCGAGGAGCCCAUCACCUUCUGCGAGGAGGCCUUCGUGUCCCACUACCGCUCCGGCGCCAUGAGGCAGUUCCUGCAGAAUGCCACGCAGCUGCAGCUCUUCAAACAGUUCAUUGAUGGCCGGUUGGACCUCCUGAAUUCUGGAGAAGGGUUCAGUGACAUCUUUGAGGAGGAGAUCAACAUGGGCGAGUAUGCAGGCAGUGACAAAGUAUACCAUCAGUGGCUCUCCACAGUCCGGAAAGGAAGCGGGGCCAUCCUGAACACCGUGAAAACGAAAGCCAACCCUGCCAUGAAGACCGUCUACAAGUUUGCAAAAGAUCAUGCAAAAAUGGGAAUAAAAGAGGUGAAAAACCGCUUGAAGCAAAAGGACAUCACGGAGAAUGGCUGUGCACCCCCCACAGAGGAGCAGCUGCCCAAGACUUCGCCGUCCCCGCUGGUGGAGGCCAAGGACCCCAGGCUCCGGGAAGACCGCAGACCCAUCACCGUGCACUUCGGACAGGUGCGCCCACCUCGGCCACACGUGGUCAGGAGACCGAAGAGCAAUAUCCCAGCAGACGGCCGAAGGACAUCAGUGUCCAGCCCUGAACAGCCACAGCCCUACCGGACACUCAAGGAGUCUGACAGCGCAGAAGGCGAGGAGGCCGAGAGCCCCGAACAGCGGACGCGGGCGCCCCAGGUCCCUGGGCCCGCCCCUCCUGACCGCGCCGCCAGCAUCGACCUGCUGGAAGACGUGUUCAACAGCCUGGAAAUGCAAGCCCCCCUUCAGCCGCUGGGCCAGGCCAAAAGCCUGGAGGACCUUCGGGCCCCCAAGGACGCGAUGGAGCAGCCAGGCACAUUUGGUUACCAGAGGCUGGACCUGGGCAGGAGUGAGAGGAGCCUCGGGCUGACGAUGCCCCUAAAGCUCACCCACCCUUACAACAAGCUCUGGAGCCUGGGCCAGGACGACAUGGCCAUUCCCAGCAAGCCCCUCACCGCCUCCCCCACGAAGCCCUCGCCCCAGCUGGGCAGCUCCCCGGCCCUGCCCCUUGGGCCCCGGGAUCAGGACGGCAUCUGGAACCCUGGCAAGAGGGAGGCGGCACCCACCGCAACUCCGGGCAACAUCACCAUCCCCCGGCCGCAGGGCAGGAAGACCCCCGAGCUGGGCAUUGUGCCUCCACCACCUGCCACUCGCCCGGCCAAGCUCCCAGCUGCCAGCCUCUCAGAGGCACCGCCUGCCGAUGGAGACCACCGGGCAGCCCUGAGCCCCGCCCUGUUCCCAGGUCUGCUCCCCAGCGCCCCCCAAGGCCCUCUGGAACUGCUACCUCCGCUCAGCCCGGCCCCAGGGGCUGCGCCUACAGGUAGCGACCCCCUGCUGGCCCUCCUGGACCCACUCAACACGACCCGGUCAGGCUCCCUCCUGCCCCGCACUAACGCCCAGUGCACAGCCACCCCCUUCGCCCCCCAGUUCAGCUUCCCCACUGCAGGAACUCCAACCACCUUCCCACAGCCACCCCUUAACCCAUUUGUCCAGCCCAUGCCAGCCCCUCCGCCCACACUGCCCCUGCGACCCUUAGCACCCGGGCCUUUUGGGAUGCCACCCGCAACCCUGGGGCCAGCUUUCCCACCCAGUCUCCUGCUAUCUGGCUCUGGUUUCUGCACCCCUCACCGAUCUCAACCCCACCUCUCCGCCCUCUCCAUGCCCAACCUCUUUGGCCAGGCACCCAUGGGUGCCCACACUAGCCCCCUACAGCCACUUGGCCCGCCGGCAGCUGCCCCAUCAAGGAUCCGAACACUGCCCCUUCCCCGCUCCAGUGCCAGGGCUGCAGAGGCCAAGCAGGGGCUGGCCCCGAGGCCCACAGACACCCCACUUGUGCCUGCUAGACCCUCUCAGGGCCUGGAGCCGGCCCUGCAGCCCUUGGUCCCCCAACAGGCCAGAGACCCCUUUGAAGAUCUGUUACAGAAAACCAAGCAGGAUGUGACAGCUGUGGGCUCGGUGGAGCAGCUCCGGAAGCAGUGGGAGACUUUCGAGUGAGCUCGGCUGGCCCUCAGCCUUCCCAGCCGCCCUCUCCGUCCCUCCACACUGCCCACUUGUGGGCUCUGGCCCUGGGCCUAGCCCACCCUGCUGCCAACCCCUCCUGGCACCCGACGGGGCCUUGCACUGAAGAGCUCAACUGGGUCAGGGUGCCGAGUCUCCCCUGGAGAGGCUGCACUCAGCAUGGGCACCACAUGGAGUAAGUGCCCCCCUCACCAGCUGGAAGGCCUGCCUGGCCCUCAUGAGCAAUACAUAGUCUCGCCUUCAUGAGUCUUCACCCCGACCCCCAAACUCCUCUUGUGUCUGGGGUACAGAGAGGUCUUGGGACCCUUUGUGAUGGCGAAAUCCCAGCCACUGCCAGCCCCACGUUGGGGCCAGGAGUGCCAGCCGCUGUGACUUGGGAGACACCUCCUGAAGCCGAGCGUGCUGGGAGAGGACCUCGGCCCUGUCACUUCUGACACGUCGCCUCGAAGGGCAGCGCAGGCAACAGAGCCGAACUCAGUCCCCAGGCCAAGCCAACUGCCACAGACGGCCGUGGAUGUGGGAGGCCCUGCUGCCCCAGGCCCACGUGGCAUGGAUGACCGAGGCUGCACCAGCCUGGACUUCCCCAGGCCAGCCCCGCCCCGGGCACGUGGCGCUGCUCGCCAGCACAGAAAUUCCUGAGACGUCACCAAAGUAAAACCGCAGUGUUCUGUUACCAUUCCUUUCAUCUUUCUUUUCCUCUUUGUUUUAUUGAUUUGAUGAACCUUGAAAUCGACUCCUCUCAAUAAACCACGUUCCAGCAGG